CUAGGGUUCCAUUUCUGUGUUGAAUCCAUCAAUGGCUACUCUGAGAUACCUCCUCUCCAGAGCCUCAUCAAAACCCCUCCCUAACUCCCUCCAUUCCACCACUACAAUUUCCCGGCUCUUAACAACUCUACACUCUUUCAUUUGCCAGCACCAUCGGAAUUCCAGAUGCUUCUCCUCCGCCCAGGAUUACAGUCUGGACUCUCAUUCCUCUAUUGCUGCCGCUUUAAAUAUCGAUCGCCGCAUUCCCGCCACUAUCAUUACCGGAUUUCUAGGCUCCGGAAAGACCACUCUUUUGAAUCAUAUAUUGACAGCUCAGCAUGGGAAACGGAUUGCUGUGAUUGAGAAUGAGUUUGGAGAGGUUGAUAUUGAUGGUUCAUUAGUUGCUAGUCAUUCAUCAUCUAAUGAGGACAUUAUCAUGGUCAAUAAUGGCUGUCUAUGCUGCACUGUGCGUGGUGAUCUCGUUAAAAUGCUUUUGGAGUUGGUCAAGACUAAGCGAGACAGAUUUGAUCAUAUAGUUAUUGAGACCACAGGCCUAGCUAAGCCAGGUCCUGUGAUUGAAACAUUUUGCUCUGAUGAACUGGUUUCAACCCAUGUGAAACUUGAUGGAGUUGUUACUUUGGUUGACUCCAAACAUGCCAUGCAGCAUUUACUUGAGAUCAAACCCAGAUUUGUGGUGAAUGAAGCUGUGGAUCAAGUUGCUUAUGCAGAUCGAAUUAUCAUGAACAAGAUUGAUUUGGUUUCUGAGGAUGAGCUGGAGGAAUUAACAAAGAAAAUUAAGCAUAUCAAUGGGAUGGCACAAAUAAAAAGAGCUAAAUUUGGAGUAGUUGAUAUGGACUUUGUUCUGGGAGUUGGAGGCUAUGACCUUGACAGAAUUGAUUCAGAAGUUCAGUCAGAAGGCUCCCAUUGUGACCAUCACCAUGAAGAUGGCCAUGGACAGCACAAGCAUGAUCAUGUACAUGAUUCAGCUGUCACCAGCGUCAGUAUUGUUUCUGAUGGAACCUUAGAUUUAGAUGAGGUUGAUGAUUGGCUUGAAAGACUCGUAGAGGAAAAAGGCGAUGACCUAUACAGAAUGAAAGGUGUUUUAUCUGUGAGCGGUUCUGAAGAACGCUAUGUAUUUCAGGGUGUACACUCUGUUUUAGAUGGCUGCCCAGGCAAGACAUGGGGCCCAGAUGAGAAACGAGUCAACAAGCUUGUCUUUAUAGGCAGGAACCUCGAUGAAACUGCACUGAGGAAAGGUUUCAAAGGCUGUUUAGUGUGAGCUCAAGCUGGUUCUUUCGUAUAUAUAUAGACCAAUUUUUAGACAAUGAACACAGGCUGUCAGGUAUUAUUCUCACAAAAUCUAUUUUCGGUUGAUAUGUUCAACUGUGGUAAGAUCUCAUGCUGUAGAUUCAGUGCAUUUUGUUUUCGAGUUUUACCCUCUUGCCUUCCUGUAUACAAAGAAUUCAGUGGGGAAAGAUGCAAUUGUAGCCCCGAUUUAUUCCUGUUUAGUCCUUUUUAGUCAUCCCCACUUAGAACCCCUCACUGAAUGGUCUCCCUUGGAGUUCUGAAGAUGGAUGAUUGUAGAUGUGUAGGAAUGCAUGUAAUGUUGGAGUGCUCAUUUUGUAAUGUGAUUUUAAAAAAUUAGAGUUC